UCUACCUGAAUAUUGUUUUAAUUAUUAACUGUAACGCCGGGGCGCUGCCCUUGGCCAACAGACGACCCGGAAACGGAAAUACGUCACCCAUCCAGGAACUAAACCGUUAUGAUGGCAAAACUAUACUAUUGGUCAGACGUAUUCUCGAGUUUAUGUCGAAAGAAACUAUCUUUGAGAAUGAAACUGGAUCAUAAGUAGUGAAACAGUGUUUAACUAUAGCUAGCUGGUGUUGUGAAUUCUGUGGCUACCUGACGUUAGCUAACGUAACGUUCUAUUAGAGGGUUAGCUUCAGCUAGCUUAGCUAAGUUAGCACCCAGAUAGCAUCACAAACACACACAAGUGGUAAAACUUUGAAGAGGUCUUGUCAGCGGUCUCUUCCAAAAAUGGAUGUCAGCAUUGCCGUGACGCUGAUUCGAGGCCAGAUGGGUGCCGUGGUGGAGCGAGCGGUGAACGGGGCCGUGGAGACCGUGCUGGCCGAGAUGCUCAAAGUGGUCGGAGUCAAGUUUGAGGAGCUGAAAUCCCAAGUGGCGCUGAUGAAGAGGGACAUCACGUCGUUGCAAAGGGAAAAGGUCCAAAAAGAGAAGGAGAAUGACAACAUUCGAGCCAAGCUGCGCUACACCGAGCUGAAGCUCAAGUACUACAGGCAAGGAGUGGAGGAGGAGCUGCAGCAGAGAGCCUCUGCCUCCGCUCUGGUCCGCAUCCACCCGUCCACCUUUCUCCAGGCACAGAGAGAUGGUGCAGGUGUUUCCUCCACCGAGGCCUCUUCGUUAUGCUCCACUCAGACCAGGACUUCAAACAACCAAGAAUGCACCUCUUCAUACAGCACGAGCAGGCAUUCAAUCAGAGUGCGUGGUAAUUCAGACGUGGGAGUUGUUAGCUGUGACACGUCCGACUUACUGCUGCCUGUCUCCCUCUCUGUGAACACGCCAACAGAAUCUCUGGACAGUAGUGCAGUCUUCUUCUGUCCCGCAGAGCGAGACACCGCUCAGAGCAAGGCUGAGGAGGACGACUGUGAGUGGACCAUCACUCUGCCGCCACACACGGAAGGCGUGGACGCCGUCCAGGCCCCUCCUGUCCAGGCCCCUCCUGUCCGGGCCCCUCCUGUCCGGGCCCUCACUCUGGAUCCGGGGCAGCAGUCAGCCGCUGGCUCGUGGUCCCCUGAUGGUUCCACCCAGGCUGACAGCUCCACUCUGCUCCACUCUGCUCCACAGGUGAAGCAGGAGGCCCAGGAGCAGCAGCAGGAGGAAGAGGAGGUGAUCUGCAUCAAGGAGGAGCCAGAGGAGGUGCAGGAGGUGAUGGCCACCCUUCUGCUGGACUGCCAGAUGCAGCAGGGUCAUCUUCCAGAGUCGGAGGCUCAACGGUCAGUGACGGAGUGUUUAGGACUUCCAGCGAGCCAGAGAAAUCACCCUGCAGCCUUCAGCUCAGCCGCACCAAACACCUAUCUGAUGCCUCAGUCUGUGGCCUCCCUGCAGUCAAUGCUGGCUCUGCCAUCCGGCAUCCCGCCCCACCAGGCGGUGCGGCCCUGGACCAAAGAUCUCAGUCUGUACGAAGAAUACAAACUGCGCAGGAACGAGCUCCGCAGGCGAAGCAUCAACAGACGCAGGGAGCUGGAGAAGACGCUGCCUCAGCCGCUGCUGGCUAAUCUGGUGCGAGAGCGUCGAGAGAAGACCAGGCUGAGGGUGGCCAGAUGGAGGGCAAAAAGGAAACUCCAGGCCUGUGUUGACCAGGACCAUGCUCUAGGUGGCGCUGCAGGUCUUUCUCCAGCUGGCUUCCCCAUCAGCAGCCAGCAGCAGCAGCAGCUCAGAGUGACCUGUGCUGCCGCCUCCAGCAGCCAGCAGAGAGCUCAGUACAACAGCCUCUCUGCCACUCUACCCUUCAUACCCUCCUCCUCCUCCUCCUCCUCCCUGUUCCUGAGAGGCCCCAGCAUGGCUCCACAUCAGCACACUGUGACGUCAUCAUCGUCCUCCUCUUACCCACAGCUCAGCCUAUCGCAGCAGAGUGUCUCUCUGACCGACACCGAUCUCUUGCAGUGAAACGUUUGAAGUCGAAGCUGUGCACAGAGACAUUUUUAAAGAAUUUGUUUUUCUCAAAUAUGCCAAUGUUGAUGUUCAGGAAAAGGUCAGUUCAACCUGUGACUUACAGGGCAGGACCGAAUACUUGGAAGCUUCAUUCGUAACGUCGACAAUCACAUUCUAAAGCAACAUUUGGAUGCUGAGCAUCUUUUUUGUUUUCUAUUAAUUCUGUGCGUCCCGUUAUUUCUUCACAGUUGCGGAUACAGAUUAGGCUACUCUAUUAUUAAUAGUAUUAUACUAUUUGUAGAAAGUUUGAUUGUUUCCAAGCUGUGUGAUCCAUCCAUCCAUCCAUCCAUUUUCCUCCGCUUAUCCGGGGUCGGGUCGCGGUGGCAACAGGCCAAGCAGGCUGACCCAGACUUCCCUCUCACCGGCAACAUGUUAUGUUGUCCAAACACAUCCAAUUCCACAGCGUUGUAAAGUUUAAAAGUAAAAAGUUCUUAUUGAACAAAAUCAUAUUUGUUGGUGUUUAACCUUCCAAAAACAACAUUUUCACUCCGGUCAAUAAACUGCUUUUCUGCACGACACACACACAGGGAGUUACAUUCGUUAAAGAAAAUGUAUUUAAUAAAAUACUAACUCUUUUAUUCAAGUAUUUAUUUUUAUUUAUGAUGAUGUUAAUAAAUAUGACGACAGAAACUUCAACAGAAGCUUUAAAUGUAAAUUGAAUAAAAAGACGUUUCUUACUGAUUUGCUUUUCUUACACUGAACUUCCAUUAACGACUCAGUAACAGCAGAACCUGCACUUCUUUACUGAGCAUAGAUUGGUAAUGUUUCAACUCGGUGGCUUCUCAUCACAUGAUGAGUAAGUUAUACUCAUCAGGUAACACUUACAGGCUUCUCUCCACACACAUGUACACACAGUUUGAUUUGAUUGAAACUUUAUGUUUUAUUGUUUUUUUUAGUCUGUUUAUUUAACUACUGGACAGAAUGGUUUGUUCCAUUGUAAUCGUGUCAAUAAUUUCAAUUCUGCAGUCAGGCCGGAAUAAACUGAGGAUUGACAAUCACCAGAUACAAACAGGAAGCUGAUUCACUGUCAAGAGAUAAUAAAAGCAGCUGGAAAAAGCACUGUGUUGAACUGUUAUUUUUCAUUUUAAAACUAUACUAAAGUUCAGUUGGUGGGAGACAAAUGAAGUCGGUGUCCUCUUUUUAUUACCAAGUUUUUGUCCGGUUAUGUCCCGGCUCUGUACUCCUACUCACCCCGGCACAGCAGAGAGAACGUUUCCUUAUGAAAGGACCCGGACUUUGAUCAAUUCCACUAGAUUGUAGUCUCAUUUUAGCUUUCAAUGAACAUCAAUAUUUGGAACAACAAAAAUCAUAGUACAGUAUGUCAUACAUAGUCAUAGUACAGAAUAGUAUCAGUCAUAAAGAAGUAAAGUUUGUCAAAAAAUUGACCUAAUCUUUCCCAAAAUUCACGUUUUUAUCUCAUGAAAUAUUCUGCUUCAAGCUUCUUGUUCGUCACAUUUGAUGUUAUCACAUACGAUAACGAACAUUCGAGGCUUCAUUGGAAGAGAUAGAAGCUUCAAGACAUUUGACUUUAUAAUGAACUUGCAUUCACAACACAGUAACAGCAGAGCCUGCGUGCUAAGAGUUAUAUCACUUCUUUAUUGAGCACAGAUGACAACGUAUUAAGUCAUGGUGACUCUUCAUCAGGUCUAUCUGACAAGCACCUUAUCCCUUUUACACAUACCAUCUAA